CGAAUAAAACGCGCAUUUGCGUCAAGUUUGACGACCGAGAAGUUACUGACAAAUAUUUAAAACCACAGACGGAACAAUUUUAUGUUGUCUUUUAACGGUCUUCUGUGAUAAAAAAUGGCUACUUUCACCUGGAUUUACAGACAGUAGCAUGUACGGCACAGAACUACACUUGACCUGGAAUAUUUUAAAUGCAUCAUAUCCAAAGAUUAACUGGAGAUAUGAGUUUUAGGAAGAGGAAACUGUAUCCUUAACAUUUAUAUUUUAUAAAUAGAGUCUAAUUAUAUUUUAAACCCCUUUCCCUACACAUUAUACAUCUAUCCUACUUAUGUGUCCCAUAUUCUUACGCAUAUUUAAUCAGUGUUUUUUUUGUCUUUAAUGGCCCAGCAUAGUUCUAUGGUAAUAAACCUUCCUCUCAUACCGAGUACAACUUGCCUGGGCCUGUAACAUUACCACCACCAAUCGGCAGCAGCACCUGCAGGUGGACAAACAGCAGCCAAACUUGUUCGGUGAUUUAUUCUUCGCCUCAACUUUAAUAUUUAAGAGAAGAAGUCCGAGGCGGCGGAGACAGAAAACAGGCUUUACACCUGCACGCAGCCGGAGCCGUUAAACGCUGAAGCCGAUCCACAUGCUCAGAAAUCGGCCGUAUUAACAAUUAAUAUUGGACAUCCGGUGGCAGUGCCAGCUGCGCCCCAUUUUUAUUGUUGUCUGUGCGCUGAAAGGAUCCCUGUUGUCUCGGCUGGAUACUCCGCGACGCGUGGUGGCUUUUUUUGGCUGGGAGGCUGAACGCUGCAGGGCUGCGACAUGUGAAAAGAGCUCCACCCCUUGACCCUCACAACUCUCUCAACCUUAGCAGAACUCACUUGAACUGACGCUGUGACCGCGACCUGACACCCUCCUGCCUCGGGCAUGCCUCAGCCGGGUAUGAAUGGGAUGGAGCCUGCGUUUGGCGAGGCCUACGGGGGACACAGGGGUCUGCUGAGCCCCUAUCCUCUGGCCAUGUCGCCACAAGGGGGCAGGACUGAGUACGACCAGAGCGUGCUCCUCAUGCUUGGCUCCCCGGCAUCACCAAGGAAACGGCCCUUUGAGUUGCUAAGCGACCUGGUGGACGACGGCGGCUUCGGCGAGGACCUGCACCCGGAGCGCUGGGACGUGUCGGCGCUGGACGAGAUGGCUCGCUACACCAAGCUGGGCCUCGGGGUGGGAGGGGAGCUGCUGGCCUGCUCCGAGGAGGCCGUCCUGAUGGGCCGCUGGGGGAGGAGCCGGGAGGAGGAGCAGGAAGAGGAGGAGGAGGAGGAGAGGAGGAGGAGCAGCAGCAGCAGCAGCAGCAGACACGCAGCGCCUCCCGUCACCCAGGAAGUCCAGGCCACCGCUGCGGGGAGGGAGGAGGGGCGCACGUCUGUUGCCACGACAACGGGGAGGGAGUUGUGUGUUGCAGGAAGAGCGGCAGGAGGAGGACAAGAUGGGGGGAUGUCGAGGGAGCGCACGGUGGAGGUGUAUCAGGUGGCACAGGAGGAAGAGGAAGUGGUGGCGGCGGCGGCGGCAGCAGCAGCGGCAGGCUUGGCUCUGGAGCACUGCAGCGAGGAGCACAACUACUCCCUGAGCCAGGGGGGGGAGCUGGGGACGGGGCCUCCGACGGAGGAGGUGCGAGCGGGGGAGACGCAGCAGGAGGUGCGGGGCAGGGAGGAGAUCCAGGCCAAGACUGACCUCUACCUGGAGGAGGAGGAGGAGCAGGAGGAAGAAGAGGAGGACGAGGACGAGGAGGAAGAGGAAGAGGAGGAGGAAGAGGAGGAGGAGGAGGAGGAGGAGGAAGAAGGAGAGGAGGGGACGGAGGAGACGGCGGUGGAGGCUGAACUCUCCAGCUCCUCAGAAACUGAAUGUGAGGUGGAGGCGGAGCCGGCCAAGCAGCCAGGUGAGCGCCCGUCGAAGCGCCGCUGUUUCUGGGAGUACAGACGCGCCCGAGAGUCGGCCACGAAGAAGAAGCUGGGCGGAGACGUCCACUGGUCCCUGUCCUGGAGCUCCAGCACUCUGCCCAGCACGCUGUACCGCAGAGAGGGCAAAAAAGGGCGACGCAAAGCCCGCAAGACGGACGCCAGCGACCUGACGCCAAACCCGCAGAAGCUCCACAACAUCGGGGAGCAGCUGCAGAAGCUCAACGCCGCCAUCGACGGCAUGGGUCCGGUCAACGACCUUCCCGCCGUGGCCCGGGCCCGCUCCCGUAAGGAGAAGAACAAGCUGGCCUCCAGGGCCUGCCGGCUGAAGAAGAAGGCCCAGCACGAAGCCAACAAGAUCAAGCUGUGGGGGCUCAACCAGGAGUACGAGAACCUGCUGGGGGCGCUGCUGCGGAUCAAGGAGGUGAUCCGGCGACGAGUGGAGAGCAGCGAGGAGGAGGACACGGACGAGCGAGGGAUGACCCAACGCCUGGAGGACAUCCUGCGAGAGUCCAGCGGUCCUCUAGUCGCCGGGCGGACCAAAGACUUUGUGCAGAGGAUUUUGGCGGCCAGCGCGGGCAGUCAGAACCAGCGCAAAGAGCCCCCGCAGGAAGGAGACGAGACCGCGGGGUAAACUCCCCCGGCGGCGCCCCUCCCUCCUCCCUCCUGCCUCCUCCUUCCACGCACCCCCCCCCCCCACCCAGCGCCGCCACCAACCGACCUGACCAAGCUUCUCUGCACCACCUCCACUCUCACAGCGUUUAAGUAAAAAGCAAAGAGGUGAAGCAGAGGUGGAGAGGCUGGGGAGAUAGAAGAAGAGGAGGAGGAGGAGGAGGAGGAGGAAGAGGAGGAGGAAGGAGGAAGGAGUAGUCUAAACAAAUUGGGAGUAAAUUGCCACCCUGCUCCCUGCAGUCCUCUCCUGUUGGCCCUCCAAACAGCAGCCGUCUUCACCGCUCUGUCUCUGCAGGCUGCACCACAACCACCACCGACCAGAGCUGCUGCUGCCGCUGCUGACGUCUCUGUGUUCUGUCUGUGUGUGUGUGUGUGUGUGUGUGUGUGUGUGUGUGUGUGUGUCUGACAUGUAACAUACUGUAUGAGCGUGUAUAGUGUUCCUCUCUCCCUCUGUGUGCUGUAUUUGUAUCCCAUUGUGCCUAUGAAUAGACAUUGCACUGUUUUGUAGAUGGUUGUAGUUGUCGGCAGGGGACCGUUAGUGAGCCGAGGGCGAGGGGGCAUUUGAGGAUAGAGGAAGUGCUAGAAUAAGGAAGUGGGAGGAGCCCAGGCCUGGAAAACAAAGAAUCGUGUGUGUGUGUGUGUGUGUGUGUGUGUGUGUGUGUGUGUGUUGUUUCACUGGGCUCCUAUAGAAACACUGCAUACCAUUUGGUUUGCAUCGGCUUCUAAAACGUCAGUAAGUGUUGUGACACACAACAAGCGAUGGAGUCCUGAUGCCAGACCAGCGUGUUUGUUGUGGAAAAAUCCUUGGAGCUUUAAUAUCACCCCUCCCUCCCCUCUGUAACACUCCUCCCCCUCCCUCCCCCGCCCCACCCCCACCCCUAUCAAAAUGUAAGCAAAGUUAAAAAACGAAAGAGGAAACUGCACCUUAAUCCAAACUGACCAAAGAUAACUGAAACUGCUGAACCACUCAGAUGCUGCCAACCAUCACCACAUCUCUAGUUUAAAAAGUGAGCGACACACUAACUGAAAGUCUUUCUGUUGUUGUUUUGUUUUUGUCAUGUUUACCUGCAUGCGUCCUGAGAGGACGGUGUUACUGAACAGACUUUAAUCCCCUCCACCUAAAUGCACUACCAUCAUGGUUUGUUCAGCCUCUCCGCUCUGCAGCCUGGUGCUCCUUUAGCUUAUCUGCAGUGGCUUUAUUUUUACCCACAAAAGGGAAGUGUCCUCAAUGCCUUCCCCGAGCCCUCGCCUCAACCCCUGACCGGAUUAUGUAGCGCACCUUCCUGAAUUGCAAUGACAACUAGAGAAAAACACUUGUAGAUCUAGAAAGCAAAUAAGUUUAAUCUGUUUUUUUUAUUAUUAUUAUUAUUAUUAUUAUUAUUAUUAUGAUUUUGUUGUUAUUUGGCAGCGAUGCCACAGCCCACAAAGUGGGCGUCAGUCUUGAGAGUUGAAAUCUGCCUUUCUCCUGUGGUCUUUGCUGAAGCUGUAGACCAAUCUGUCCAAGGUCUCUAAAUGUUGUUGGACAUAAAGUGUCAAGGACCCUUUGAAUUGCACUGUGGUAAGAGCAACUAAGCACCUUUUGAAGAGGACUCCCGCUCCUCCGAAAGAGAAAAAAAAAAAAAAAAAAAGACUCUUGGCACCUUUUUUCUAAAGACAGAUAUUGACUGAGAAACUUGUGGGGGCGCAGCGCUGCGUUCCCGUCGUGGUGGUCUUGGUUUGUUCCCGUAUGGUGCUACUGUAUGACGACAGAAUAAAAAGCAAUGCAAACCUGAGCGGAGGCAUCAGGCAGUGAACUGCUGACUGGGUUUUGGCCUGCGAGCACAUAUUGUUGUAAUGGGCAGUUUGUUUGCAUAAUGACGCCUUUCUGAAGUGCCUGGAGCUUAAAGCCACAGGGACCUGUGUUAUUAUGCCUGAACUUAAACCCUGUUACAAGGACAAACGUAACCCAUGACUACUGCUCCGAGCUUGGCCUCACUUUACUUUACUUAGGAAAAAGAAAAAAGAAAAAAAAGAAAAAACAAAAGAAGCUGCAGGCUUGUGUAAAACCCGUUCACACACUCAACUAAAUGUUUUCCUCUCAGAUUAAAACCUUUACAUGGAAACAGCAGCUGGCACUAGUUUCUGUGCACAUCUUCUCUGGGAAAUAUAAGUAGAGGAGUGGCUGUUAGCUGAGCAACCCCCCCCCAACACACACACACCCCUCCCGUUUGAAAGCUGCUGCUCUAUAACACUGUCGUCGUCCCGUCCCCCCCCCCCCCCCCCCCCCCCCGUCCCAUGGAAACUCCACUUCCUGUGUCAGUCAGAAGAGGAGCAGCCGACCUUAAACGCCUCGCCUCCCGGAGGUCUCGCUCACGGUCAGUUUGAAAGCUGUGGAUACAAGAGUUCAGGGCCGUUUAGUUUCUGUAUCCUUCUCUUUUUCUUUUUCUUUUUCUUUUUUUUUUUUUUUUUAAAUUCUGGGAAAAUGUUCCUGGUGGUGGUUUGAAUGAAGAACUGUACUGUAAACAGAGGAUUCCUGUUGUUGAGCUGGAAACGUUCUGCUGCUGGUGAACAAAGCUCUUUAAGCUCUGAUGCCAAAGACUGAUAGUCUGUGGCUUCGCAAAGAAAAAGCUGCAGCAGCAGGAGGCUCUGAUGUCACUGAGGCUUCUCACACAUCACCACAGAAACCUGGGCCGGGUUGGGAUUUUUUUUUUUUUUUUCGUGUGAUUAUUUUACACUAAUGAAAAAGAAAAAAAAAGAGAGAGAGAGAGAGAGAGAGAGAGACGGAUGAUCGAGGUCCAACACUGAGGCCAGUAGAAUAAAAAAAAAAGAAAAGUGCUCUCUCUGCUGCUGAGAAGUGAAUUCCUCCCUCCUCCCACUUUUCUCCCAGGGCUUGGGAAGCGGCGACGCUGCCAGCCGAGUCACAGGAUCUCAUGCUGGCAGCGGCUUCCUUCACAUGCCCUCGUGCAACAACAAACAAAAGGAGAGGAAACGGCCGUGCGCAUCGCCGUGCUGAAGUUUAAAAUAUCGCACAGCCCCAUCUGGAGGAGGAGGAGGAGGAGGAGGUCGAGGUCGUCGGGUUUAACAGAGAUUCCACUUUGAAUGCAUAAGUGCGUCCUGAUGUUUUCCUCCCUCUCAGAGUGCCGUUACGUAACACACAACACCAUCUGCUGUGUACGUUCACCUAUAUGCCAAAAACCGAACCGGGGAGAGGACUGUUGUAACGCAGCGAAUUCCUGCACAGAUCCAAACAACAAACGCGACGCGGCGCUGGGUUUUAGCCAAGCUCGUGUCAGGGCUGUAACUGACGGGCUUUUUGUGUCACGGUAGAUCCCUUUAACUGUGAAGCUUUAAUGGAGGGAGGGGCCAGUCUUGGCAAGGCCACUUGUCUGCUCACAUUCCUGAUUGAGUUUCCCAGAAGGCCUGUGUUUAUGUGUACCUGGAAGCAGGAGGCAGAUAUUUGAGGGGGGAAACUGGAAUGACCCAAAGACGUGGGGCUGUUUGGACUCGAGGCUUCAGCCGGGGUUCGGAGAAGUGACGCUCUCAGCUCGCACAUUUGUCCGGCUCUGACCUAAUAUGGACGGUGACUUUGCAGAAAAGCUGGGUGAUUCUUAUCUGGGUUACUUCCUGGUUGGGUGUCGCCGUCCGACACAGAAGUAAACAGUCGUGAAACUCGCGUGCUGGCUGGUUUUCCUGUCCUCUCGGCUGUUGAGGAGGUCAGUGAGAGUUUGAGAUGAACGCAGGAAGAGCAGAUUCACUCUGGUGCUUUUCGUGCAGGAACUGUAACCCUCUCACGUCUGAAGCAGUCAGGUAACUGAUCACCUCCGGUGUCCACUGGACAGCUGCUGAUAAAACAUCUGUACUGCCGUUGUUGCUGAUAUCCACUGGAGGCUUGAACCGAAGCGUCUCAGUCACAUUUGACAUUAAUUUAAAGGUUUAUUAAUUAAAAAAAAAGGUUUUAUUUUGAAGUGUUGAUCCAUGAGAAGAUAUAUUUAAACCAAAAACCAUCUCAGUGUAGUUUUACAUCUCGUCUCUCAGGCUUCUCUCUGGAGCUCUAGUAACAGUCUGUGAGCCAAUCAGAAGAGAGGAGGCAAAUGUCCAUCCUUCUGCCAGUUCCUUUUAAUUUAGGAAAUUCAGAUUCGUGACGUGCUGUAAACAGUACUUCACUACUAGUUCAAUAAAUUAGCUGCAGGGUUUUAUUCAGUGUCAAACGCCUCCAGUGGAUAUUUGAACACAGACACGACCAGAGCGCGACCGUAAAUUAUUGGACGACAAUUUUCAUACGUGAAUAAGUUUCCAGCUUCUGUAGAGUCAGGAUUUACUCUCGUCCGUGUCACGUUCAGUCCAACAAUUAGAAAGUUGUAACUUGGACUCUUGACGUUUUAUGGACUAAAUGAUUCACUGAUGGAUAAAAACGUUGCUAAAAUAAGCCGCUGACGUUCGGACAGGUUUCCAGUUGUUGAUGAAGACGUCCACAAUCUGAAAGCUUGAAAAACACUAACGUGAAACUCAGUCAGACUGGUGAGGACAGGUAGACGGUGUCGUGUCUCUCUCUCUCCGUCGCCACCUUUUCAUGUGACCGCGGCGGGGUUUCUGGACCCGGCCCGGCCCGGCCCCGGCGGGCUGAAUAGACCCAUCAGUAAGCCUACACUGGUGGGACGCUGCUGACCCCCGGGUGCCCGUCCCCUCUCCGCUCCAGCGCUCACAUUGUUGGAGACACUCAGGCUUCUCCGGUUUCAAAGGCGACGGGCCUCCGGGGCAGAGGAGGCCGGGGGAAACCGCACUCAGCCGGGGUCUCUGAGAAGUUUAUCUGAAACCUUUUUAAUCCCCCUCCACCACCUCCGCCCCCCCCCCCCCAAAGCCCUGUCACACUCUGACAGCUGCAGAGGAGUCGCUGCCGCCUCCUGUGACGGCCUGCGUGCCCCCGUCUCCCUUUGUCACUGACCUGGAAACCUCCAUCUGAUGGGGGGAGGGGGGAGGGGGGAGGAUCUCAGACCUGCGGGUCCACGUGGAGGUUUCUUUAAAGGUGGAGCUGAGCUGGAAGAAGCAGCUCCAGUCUGUGCCUCUGAUGUCUUAUCAUUACGAGCUCUGCAUCUGUUUUUAUGAACCAUGAAUCUCUGGCGAUCUUUCAAAAAAAAAAAAAAAACCCAGAAUGCCGUUUGAAAAUCUGCGUUUCACUGUGAGUGAAGAGAAUCCUGCAUGAGCAAACAAAUCCUCCGCCACAGCUCCGGCAGCUCUGGCUGUUUUAAAGACGACGUUUCUGAGUUUGUGUCUUUCUCUCUGGUUUAAAGUGGAAAAGGAAGAGAUGGUUCUCUCUGCACCAAUCACGAUUUAGCAUCAUUUAAAUCAAGUUUAUUUGGCCCCUGUCAAUCAAAUCUGAUCUUUAAAAACACUUUUGUCUUUUGCAGAUUUAAAAAAAUAUUCAGUCAGCUGCAAAAGAAAAGAAGAUUUUUGACCCAUUUUCCAAGUUGUGAAUCUAUUUGUUAUAAAAAAAAAAUGUAAAAAAAGCAGCAGAUAGUGACCGAAAAUCUGCUUUUUUGUUUUGUGUGUUGCACAAAAAUCAUGUUUUUAUAUCUACAGGAAUUAAAGAAAAUAAAUUGAUGGAUUGAAGUAUCGUACAAACUGAGUUCCAGCUGCCGUCGUUCUUCGGAGCUUGGACCAAUGGGAAUAUGGGAAUUUGUUUUAAUCUGCAGAGGACAAAAUAUUUUUGGAUCCAAAUUGUUAACCCUUUAAUUAAAUUACUAAAUUAAAACAAAGACGUUUUUAGGUCGUUAAGUCUUUGCGAUGAAUGUGAAGUUUUAAAGGAUUGAUCAUGUUAUCUGACUGUCGAGCAGCUGGGAAUUUAAAGGAACAGUUUUGGGGGCUAUUAUGAUAAUUACCUGAGAAUAUUGCCAUCAUGUCUUCAUUCAGUAUGAAGCUACAGCCAGAAGCUAGUUGGCUUAGCUUAGCAUUAAAACAGCUAGCCUGGUUCUCGCCAAAAAAAACCUUUAAAACUCACUAAUUACCACAUUAUAUCUCGUUAGUCUGAUGUGAAAAUGAAGAUUGGUGCUUUUAUGUGUGGGACUAUUUCUUGGCUGGAUGCACAAGUCUCAUCCACCGACAUGUUCAUACGCCUGGAACCUUUUCUUCGUCCCAGCAGUCCGUGGAAGUUGUUCACAUCCCUGAGCUGUGGGUGGUACAACUUUAAACCACCUCCUGAUUUCUUAAAUUUCUUCUUUUUUUAUUUUUUUGAAAUAUCACCAGAGAUCGGAAACACAGAUGCUCCUCUCUCUCUCUCUCUCUCUCUCUCUCUCUCAUAAAUGAAGUGAUGAUAAACGAGAGGCCGCUGAAACGCGUCUCGUGGCUUUAACCAAAACCAAGUCAGUUGUCUCUGUCCAGAUCGAUGAUGAUGAGGAUGAGGAGGAUGAGUGGAGAUCACAGGACGUAAACGUGAUGUCUGAUUCUAAACGAUCCAGAGGAGACUGAACACUCGCCUCCUGCUGGUUCUUUAAUGUGUGUGAAAACACGUCGAGUGAUGGGAGAAAACCUAAAUAAAGAAAAACCAAGAGACAAGAAACAUUCCACAACGCCAUGUCAUAUACUGUACAGCAACCUUUAACCCCCCCUCUGCCCCCCCCCCCCCCCCCCCCCCCCCGUCUUUCAGUAACCCAGUAAUCACAGUACUACAGUAAUCCUUUGGACCUGUUAACACAUUAACACAUCUUUAUGUACAACUCCUUCGUCAGUAAGUAACCUUUAAAAAAAAUAAAAAUAAAAAAAUAGUUCAGAAAAACAAAACAAACAAAAAAAACAAACAAAACAAACAAACAAAAAAAAAUACAAGAAGUGCCGUACAAAUAGAAGCCUAAUAUUUUUUGUUUUGGUUUUGUGUGAGUGUACUGUACACCUGUAUAAUGUAUAUUUUAAUAUUUAUAUGCAGCUGUUGUAUUAAAGUAUAUUUUUAAAAUAAAAA